UGUCGCCAUUUGUACUGAGAAUACUUUUCGUUGAGAAGUGACAAUAAAAAAAGAUUUUGUAUUACCAAGGAUCUGACAGAUUCAACAUUUCGUCUGUAGGAACGGUUUCAUGAUUUCUUGUAUCCACCAAGUGAAAUUGAAUUUUGAUUACAACAAGCUCACGUUAACUGAAACAUUUUCGUUUUUAUGGUUCAGUGUCCUGGCGUUAGGUCUCCUGUCGUGUCGAGUGUCGAGUCGAGUGUCGAGAAGUUGUCUUCGGUUCAGUUAUGUAUAAGCAAAUCUCAAAAGAUUGUGCGUUAAAAUUUCAAAAAGAAUAUAUGCAAGAAGUUUGCUAUAUUCACCGCACUGCCUUUAAAAAACUUCCCAAAAAUAUUGUUGCUAUCUACAAAUCCAUCUUCGAGAUAGAUUACUCUAUAUAUAUUCUCAGACAACGGAUUUUAGCAAUCAAACAUUACACUCCAUGGGGGGCUUUUGUAAUGGAAUUAUCUAAAUCAGAUGGGUUGAAAGCGGCAGGAAUUACCAUAGCAAAUCCUCAAAAUAGGAGUUUGUUUGACUACUUGAGCACAGAUAAGGAUUUUCUACCUAUGUGUAUUCUUCUUGCAAAAUGCACUGAAAUUUCUGCCACCCAAAGGCGGAAUGAAAAGCUACAAGAGAUUGCGGAAUUACGAGAAAAACGCCAGGACCACAUUGAUCAUUUGAAGAAUUUAGAUCCGGAGUUGAUUAAUAAAUUCGAAUCGCAAUUCGAAAGAGGAAAAAUUUCCAAAAUAAUAGCAGUUGCUCGCAAGGAACAGUUAAUGAACAGAUUGCUCUUUUGUCAAUACUGCAGCGAAAUCUUUAUAAAUCCGACGCAACAGCAAAAACAUGUGCAAUACAAAAAAUACAAUGAGUUUGAUAAAGAUAUUAAACUAUAUGUUGCUGAAGCACAGAAGGGAGCAGUGGACAGCGAAAGUGAUGAUAUAAUCGAUCUGGAUGAAAUUUUGGAUAAUGCUACGUUACAAACAAGCAGCCAAAUUCCUUCGGAUGUGGAUUAUGAUACACCAACAACGUCGAGAUACCAGGGUAAAGGGAAGAGACUGUCUUCCAAUCCAAAAAAGUCACUACCGUAUCAAUUCCCCAAAACAAGAACCCGGCAAGAAAAAGCGUGCAGAAGGGAGCAGUGGACAGCGAAAGUGAUGAUAAUCAAUUACUUCAGAGUAACAAGAACAGAAGUUAAGUAUUUCGAUGUAAAAUUGACAAACAAUCAAUUUCAUACCAGUCUCAAAUUGGCAAUUUCAUCAUAAGACAAAUAUCUGAGUAUUUUUCGGAAAACAUCCUCAUGGAGUGAUAAAAGAGUGAUCUUUUUAUCAUCACUAGAGGAAGCAUAUCCCUGCGAAUCUGUUUUUCCAUUUUCCAAAAUCUUUCCUGUGAGUAACAAUAUUUGUUCAGGUAAAAGUCGGGCCAAGACAACAAUCGGUUGAAAUUCAGGACCAUGAAUA